UGCAAAGUUUUCUUUGCUGCGGAUCCCAUCAAAAUAAUGCGAGCCCAGGGGCAGUACAUGUUUGACGAGAAAGGCCAAAGGUACUUGGACUGCAUCAACAACGUGGCUCACGUGGGACACUGCCACCCAGAAGUGGUCAAAGCCACGGCGAAACAGAUGGAACUACUCAACAUGAAUUCUCGCUUCCUCCACGACAACAUCGUGGAGUACGCCAAGCGCCUUUCAACCACCCUGCCGCAGACGCUCUCUGUUUGCUACUUUACAAAUUCGGGAUCCGAAGCCAAUGACUUAGCCUUACGCCUGGCACGGCAGUUCCGAGGCCACCAGGAUGUGAUCACUCUUGACCGUGCUUACCAUGGUCACCUGACAUCGUUAAUUGAGAUCAGUCCCUAUAAGUUUCAGAAGGGCAAAGAUGUCAAGAAGGAAUUUGUACAUGUGGCACCAACGCCAGAUACUUACAGAGAGGACCACGAAGACGCAGACACAGCCUAUGCAGAUGAAGUGAAGAAAAUCAUGGAAGAGGCUCAGAGCAGAGGAAGGAAGAUUGCUGCCUUUAUUGCUGAAUCCAUGCAGAGUUGCAGUGGACAAAUUAUUCCUCCAGCAGGCUCCUUCCAGAAAGUGGCUGAACAUGUUCGCAGGGCAGGGGGCGUGUUUAUCGCGGAUGAAGUUCAAGUAGGCUUUGGCAGAGCUGGGAGGCAUUUCUGGAGCUUCCAAACGCAUGGCGAAGACUUCAUUCCAGACAUGGUCACCAUGGGGAAACCUAUGGGCAACGGUCACCCCAUGGCCUGUGUGGUGACAACCAAAGAAAUUGCAGAAACCUUCAGCAGCACCGGCGUAGAGUAUUUCAAUACAUAUGGAGGAAACCCAGUGUCUUGUGCUGUUGGGUUAGCUGUGCUGGACGUAAUUGAGAGAGAAAACCUUCAGGGAAAUGCUGUCCGAGUGGGGAAUUACCUCACGGAGCUACUGGAAGCACAGAAAGCUAAGCACCCUUUGAUAGGGGACAUCAGAGGUGUUGGCCUUUUUAUUGGCAUUGAUCUGGUGAAGGACCAUGAGAAAAGGACGCCUGCAACAGCCGAAGCCCAGCACGUCAUUUAUAAAAUGAAGGAGAAAGGGGUGCUUCUCAGUGCCUAUGGCCCCCACAGGAAUGUGCUCAAAAUCAAGCCACCAAUGUGCUUUACAGAAGAAGAUGCAAAGUUCAUGGUGGACCACCUGGAUGGUAUCUUAACAGUUUUAGAAGAAGUCACAGAAACCAAGAGUGACGGGGUGAUCUCUGAGAAUACAGUUUGCAGAACAAAGGAAGUCCACGCGGAACAGUCCAAUCACGGCGCCACCGAGUCCAGGGAAAACCACAGCAGAAAGAGAAACGAUGUAUGCUCAGAUCAGCGCACGCUGCUCAGCAAAAGACUCAAGACAUGA